AUGUACCAGAAGCUCCCCGGCAGCGGCUGGGCCCGCGGGAGGUCCCGGCAGGGCAGGGGCUGCAGGGCCCAGCCGCAGAACAAGGCAGCUCCGGGCUGGGUUCUGGCCCUGGCAGUGAAUUCCUUUCCUUCCAGCCGCAGGCCUGACCGUCCUCCUCCAAAGCCCAGAGAGCGCAGCUGCCCCAGCCCGGUCCUUUACCUGCCCCAAAAUCCUGCGAAGAGUACGGCCACAACACCUGCCGCUCCACCAUCCUUUGUUCCCUCUCCGAGAGCGAUACACCGCACUCCCUCAGAGAUCCCUUUCCUAAGGGCGCAGGCAGCUUCUCCCCGGACAGCAACUGCCGACGCUAACGUUCCUCCUUGCUCAACCUCGGUCUUCGGUAUUUUUUCACAGAGAGGUCAGCACGACCGUCACGCAGAACUCACCUCGGCCAGGCCUGCGGGGACUUCCCUGCCCAGCCUUGCGCCACGGCCUGGUCCCCUCGGUGCGGCUCCGCCAGGCCCCAGGCCCCGCCGCGGCCCGGCCCGAGCGCGGCAGGAGCCGACAGGGCCAUGGAGAAGCGGCUCCGGACGCUUCUCCCCCGCCUUCGCCUCCUUCACGUCGCACCUGACGCCGCGCUCCGCCGAGACGCGCGGCCCCUCCCCGCCCCGACCCCGAGCAGGCCGCGGCCGGCAGCGCCCGCCCCGCCCGCAGCCCCGCUCGCCGCCCGCGGUACCUGAGGCGCCGCGGGACUCCCGGCGUUCACCCGCCGCGUUUACCCGGUGCGGGGCCUCCCCGGCAGCCGCUCCGCCCAGCGCCUCCGCCGCCCGGCCCGGGGGGGCUUCUCCGCCCGGGAAGCGCCGCCCGCCUCCGGAGCGACGUCUCGAGCUGCGGGCCCCGCCCCGAGCCCCGCCCAGCCCCGGCACACAGAGACGGAGACAGACAGACAGACCGACCGACCGACCGGCCCCGGCACAUGGAGACAGACAGACAGACAGACAGACCGGCCCCGGCACAUGGAGACAGACAGACAGACAGACAGACAGACAGACAGACCGACCGACCGGCCCCGGCACAUGGAGACAGACAGACAGACAGACAGACCGGCCCCGGCACAUGGAGACAGACAGACAGACAGACAGACCGACCGACCGGCCCCGGCACAUGGAGACAGACAGACAGACCGGCCUCGGCACACGGAGACAGACAGACAGACAGACCGACCGGCCCCGGCACACGGAGACGGACAGACAGACCGACCGACCGACCGGCCCCGGCACACAGAGACAGACAGACAGACCGGCCCCGGCACACGGAGACAGACAGACCGACCGGCCCCGGCACACGGAGACAGACAGACAGACAGACCGGCCCCGGCCCCGGCCCACAGACGGACGUACCGGCACACAGAAGUACCUUCGUUCUAAUGCAAGCUCAAGCACAACAGGCGGAGUGUAA